AUGCAACCGCCAAAUCAGCACUCGCGGAUCAAUCUUCUUGAGUUGAAAGCUCAGUUAAUAAAGAGACUGGGGCCUGAGAGAUCGAAACAGUACUACCAUUAUUUGAAUAAAUUGUUGAACUUGAAGCUAAGCAAGGUUGAGUUCAAUAAGGUUUGCUUUCAUGUUCUCGGGAAAGAGAAUGUUAGACUACACAAUCUCCUAAUCCGUUCAAUUUUGAAAAAUGCUUGUAACGCGAAAGUUCCUCCACCGCCUGUGACUAUCCAUGACGGUCAGCAAAUUGGGGAUGUUCUAUUGACACCUUGGAAAGCUAGAUCUGGAGCAUCCAUUAGGCUUACUGCCAAGGUGGAUUCUGCUUCUCAUGAAUCAACAAUAACUAAUGACAUUAUUGUAUCUGAAAAUCAGUAUCUGGCUUCUCAUGGUACAAAGAAGCUGGUGCAGCAUCAUCAAGAAGUUUCAGGAAAAGCAGAUAAUGGAAGAGAUGUUCUGCUUCCUAACUCUGAGGUAAAGGGAUCAGCCAAUGGUUUUGUUUCUGAAGAUGGCAGAGGUCAAAGUGAAGUAUUGUUUGCUGAAGAUGGAAAGGAGUCGUGUGCUAGAAGUUCAUUGCAAGCACCACUUGGAAUUCCAUUAUUCUCUAGUAGUAUCUCUGAGACCCGAAGGGCUUUGACUUUGGCAAGAAGUACUAGACAUGCCAAGUCAUAUGCUAUUGGCGGAUUGCUCGACUCUGAGGCACUGAGGGAACGCAUGCAACAAAUUGCUGCACUGGAGGGCCUUGAAGGUGUGCCAAUGGACUGUGCCAAUAUCUUGAACAACGGACUGGAUGUCUAUUUAAAGAGGUUAAUAAGGAUGAGCUUUGAGCUAGUAGGAACCAGGCAUGGAUGUAGUUUGAGUAAAAAUAAUACAGUGAAGCAGCAUUCCCACUGGAAUCUUGUUAACGGUGUCUCACCGAGUCACCAUAAUCAGGUUCAAAAUAGCAGCUGGAAUUUGGAAGCUAUAGACGAACAGAGAUACUACAAACUGAUUUCUUUGCUGGAUUUCAAGGCUGCCAUGGAAUUGAACCCACAGAGGCUUGGAGAAGGCUGGCCAGUACUGCUUGAGAAGAUAUACAUGCAUUCACCCGAGGAAUAA